CAGAAAUUAAAAAUAAAAUUAGAAACAGCAUAUUUUAAAAUUUUAUUUUAUUCUCUUUUUAUAAAAAUUUGCCUAAGCUGACUGGAACCUGAGCUCACUGAGCAUUCAGAGUAUUUUCAUUGUAAACUCCGCGUAAUACUGCUUGGGAUUCUACAUUUUCCCACCCAAAUUUCCGGGAAAAGAAAAUGAUGGAAAAUGCGGGAAAAUUUGUGGUUUCAUCAAGUAGUAGAGAGGAGGAAGAUGCCAAGGCCAAGAAACCGAGGAUGCGUUUGGAGAGGAGGCGAACAAGAGAGGAGGAGCUAAAAGUGCUCUCCGAUUUGAGCGUUUUCCAGAACCUCGCGGCGAUGCUGGAGGCUGAGAAAUUCAGGAAAAAGAAGAAGAGAAGAAGAAAGAAGAAGAAGAAAAACGUUGAAGUUGGAGCUCAAGAGGAUGGUGCUGUUAAUGUUGCAAAGGAAGAAAAGCAGGGAGGCUCGGUUAAAGACGCGGAAUCAAAUAACUUAUUGGUAUCGGAAAGUGUUGUGCCUCAAAAGCCUUUGCUGUUACUUCAGAAAAUACCCAAGCAAUUGCCCCAGAGAAUGCCUCAGAAACUGCACCAGAAGCUGUCCCUGAGUUACCCAGAUUUGAAUCCUAUAUGCAAAGUUCAGAGGGGGAGGAUCUUCAAGUGCUACUCAAGGUCUAUUCAAGGAGGAAGCAACUGGCCCCAGAAACUCCACAUGUCCCAGUCAUUCAGCCAGAAAAAGGUCGAUGCUGCAUAUGAAGAUAAGGCAAAUACUGUUAUAGCUGCAGAAACAGCUGACUCAUGUGAAACAAAACCAAUUGAAAUAUCAGAGAAAUGUGUGCUGGAAAAGGAUUUGAGCUUCACAAUUGACAAGGAGAGGGGGUUGCAAAAGCCUAAGAGACAAUGCAAGAAAAAUGAAGAAGUGAUGAGUUCUUUAGAUGAGUUCAAAAUGCUUUCAGAUCUAAGUAACUUCAAGAACCUUGCUGCAAUGAUGGAAGCUGAAGCAUUUCUGAGGAAGAAGAAGAUAAAGAGGAGGAAAAAGAAGAAAAAGAUAGAAUUUGAAGCUCAAGAUGAAAUAACUGUUGAUGUAGGGCCGGGUCAAGAGCAACCAGACACAGUUAAAGCUGUGACCACGGCAAAAGCAGUGGAAGCUGGAUCAGUUUCAGUUUCUGAAAACAUCAAUCCAGAAAAGCUUUUUGUUGAUGAGGUGAAGGCCGGAGUGCAGCCAAGCUCAAUUAAAGCAGUGGAUAUGAGAAAGGCAUCAGAAACUGAAUCAGUUUCAGUAACAAAAAAUAUUGUCUCAGAAAAGCUUUUUGUUUCAAACUUCAAAAUUGAUGAAGAAAGGAUAUCACAAGAGGCUCAGAAAAAAUGCACGAAAAAUGAGGAAGUCAUGAGUUCUUUAGAUGAGUUCAAAAUGCUUUCAGAUCUGAGUAACUUCAAGAACCUUGCUGCAAUGAUGGAAGCUGAGGCUUUUAUGAGGUGUAAGAAGAGCAAGAAAAGGAGGAAAAAGAAGAGAAACAUGGAGUUUGAAGCGCCAUUUCCAAUAAAUGUUGAUAGUGUGAGAGAACAGAAGCAGGUGGACACAUGCAAGAGUGUUGAUACAGUGAAAUUAUUCCAAAUUGAAUCCAUUGAUAUAAAAGACAAUAUCGUGCUGCAGAAACUUCUUCAAGCACCUAGAUGUUUUGAUCCUCCAGAAAGUAGCUGGAGAAUGUGCCACAAUAGUGAAGAAGAAGCUCCAACAGCAGUUGCCUGUUCUGCAGAAAAGCAGAAGAAACCAUGCUUCCUUUGUGGGAGCUUUAAGCAUAGUGGGAAUCAUUGCAAACAGCAGGCUCGUAAUUGCUUUGUCUAUGAAAGAAGUCAGCAUACCAGAAGUUGUCCAGAGAAAAACCAAGGGAACUGUCCAAGUUCCAUGAUAUGUUUAAGAUGCGGAGGUUCAGGGCAUGAUAUGCUUUUUUGUAGGAACGAGUAUUCCUCUGAUGAUCUGAAGGAAAUACAAUGUUAUGUGUGCAAGAGAUAUGGCCAUCUUUGCUGUGUUGAUUUCCCAGAUAUACCGCGACAAGCUUCUUGCUACAAAUGCGGCCACUAUGGUCACUUGGGUUCUGUAAGUCAUACUUGCUACUCAUUUUACAUUAGGAUCUGUAUGUUUUCAUAGGGCAUGCUUAGUGGAUAGAGCAACUGCACAAUUCUUACAGAGCUUCAUCCAUGAAGGAUUGCACGAAGUGACAUGGUGACAUUACCAACUCAAUGUGAUUGCUAUAUUCUAUAAGUUGGAAGAGAUGAAUGAAAAUAUCCCCAAGGUUCAGGUCCAAAAUCCCCACCCCUUAAAGUUACUUUGUGUUGGGCUACCGUCUUUUUUGUUGUCUUUUCUGUCCGUCUCAAAUCUGUAGGAUCUACCUUACCAAAUGAUAGAGGUUGUUACCCUCGGUCACUUGUAGGAUAAACUGAGGAUGGGUGGUGAUUCACCAACUACUGUGAGAUUUGUCACAAGGACAAUGGAGAUUUUUUUUAUCGUUCCAUGUCUGCAUCUAAUGAUCUGAACACAGAGAUCACAGAAGAGAACACGCAGAAUACUGGGUGAGUUGCUGGUGAAUACCUAUAAACACUUCCAAGAAAGCUGGAGCGAAUGUUUGGGGGGUGUUAACUGCAAAAUCUGCUAUGAAAGGCCAUGAGUUUUCCACUUUGCAGUGAAUAAAUAGAUCAAAAGGAAAAAGAAAUUAAAAGAAAGAGUUUUCAGUAUUGUAGCUGUAAAGGGGUUUGGUCUAGAGAAUGGCUAGGCUCUUUCCUUUUUGGUGUAAUGCAUGUGCAUACAUAUUAUGCUGGCAACUUUUGGAAGGAGGGAAGCUGCAAUAAUUUAUGGUCAAUUUUAGUAUUUUACUUAAACUCAACGCCUUAAACUUUUUAUUGAUUACUUUUCCGACUUAA